AUGGCACCCCCAAUUGUUGACCAGAUAUUCCAUCAGUUACCAUCCCAUUUACGGAACACGAGGCAUAUACGAGAACGGCAUUCACAGCACAUUAUAUUAUUCCAGCAAUAUCACCAGCAGUUUCCCGAACGGAUCCGCCAUCACCGUGAAUUGGUGAUCCCCCAUAAGCCCAUUGCGCCCAUUCCCGGAUUGAUCCCACCGCGGGAUCCCACAUAUCAGUGUAGUUAUCCCGGUUGCCAUUGGAUUGGAGAGACCAUUCGACGGAUCCACGACCAUUGCCGCCAGGAACAUGGAUGGAAAAACCCCCAGAACCGAGGACGACCCCGUUCCAAGGCACCGUCCAAACCCCAGCCCAACAUGCCAUGGAACAUUGUAGCCAGCCAACGGUUUAUCCCCAAAGGACGUGGAUCCCAACGGUUUGCCGUCCAACAUGACCAUACCACCAUCACCACCGCCAUAUCCGAUCCAGAAAACCCAUCAUGGGAUGCGGCGCAGCAGGCGAUGAAGCAGGAGAUCAUCCAUCGAGAGCAGCAGAUCGACGCCGCGGAACGAGAACGGAUCCGUCCCCACGAGUCCCGCGAGGUCAACCCAUGGGUCGAACGGAUGGGAUGGGCCGAUCAUUUGUUAGAGGAGGAUCGAGGCACAUUACGGGCAUUGUUACAACGACCCGAUCCCGAACAAGAGCCCAUAUUGGCCGAGAUUGACGAGCGAUUUCACCGGAUCGUCAUGGUCGCGCAGCGCACCACAUUGACGCGGUUGAACAUAUUCAGUCGAUUUGAGAUGCACCGGAAACAGGUGGAUCAGAUGCCCCAACACCCGUUCCAAGCGCGGAUGGUGGCCGGCACCAUUGAACAGUACAUCGAGGUGUGGCAACGGAUCAUCCGGUAUAUCAUGCGCAGUGUGAGUACCGGCGACGUCCGAUUUCAGUUCCAUGCCACCCAAUGCGAGACCAUCCACCAGAUCCGGCAGGCCAUGUCCGAGGACGAGAGCACCCAUUCCCCCGUCCAUGCCACCGAGGAGAUGGAUCCCACCGACCAGCCAUUGGAUGCCGUCGAUCGUGCCAUAUUGACAUGGUGCAUCGCCAUGUUGGACCAUCGAUUACAGGGUCAGCACGGGCAGGAGUUCGUGAACGGCAUCAUCAGCGGGUUGGCCGCCAUGGGGAUCCGGGAGUCGGGUGGAUGGGAGACGGCGUUGGCAUUUACCCCCAAGUUGUCCGCCAUGAUCAAGAUUGCCCGCAUGUUAGUCGCGCAACAGGCAUGGGAGGAAAGCGAGGCCCAUGCCGGAUUGUCCGAUUGUUUCGUGGCAUUACGCGGGAUGAUGUUGCGAUUUAUGACCACCAUGGAACCCACCCCGAUGAAGUGGAUGUUGGAUUCCCGCACAUACGGCAUGAAAAUCCGGUACGGCACCACGGCGGAUGGGUUGAUUGAAUGGCACGGAGACCGCAUCACAUACCAGCAUCAUCGGUUUACCAUGGAUCAAUUGCGGGAGACGGUGCAUGGCAUUAUCAACCGGGCAUGGGACCAUUUGACGCAGGACGUAUUGUUGUUUCCCACCGACCAUCGAUUGCCAACCAUCGCAUGGGAGACCAUGGAGGACCAUGCCGUCGAGGAUCAACCCGGGUGGUAUUUUGCCCAGGAUCCCCGCAAUGCAUGGGACGUGGAUGACACAUGGUGGUUACACGACCGCAUAUGGCAGGAACCCGGAUUCCGACGCGCAUUCAUCCACGCCGAGCGUCCAUCCGGCACAUCCGCCACCCACGCAUGGCGCCCCCGUCGAGUGCAGCAGUGGAUGCGAGCCGUGGGACGGAUGAAGGAGUAUUUAUUGGUGUUGAUGCAUUUGACCAGCGGUGCCCCCGCACGAGGGCCCGAAGCCAUGUCCAUCCGGUACCAGAACACCCCGUUUGGCGGAUUACGCAACCAGUUGAUCGAGCACGGGUUGGUGUCAUUCAUGACCACGUAUCACAAAGGAUACCACAUCCAGGGUUGA